AUGAGGGAAGCCAACUUCAGCAUACCUAAUGUCAACAAGGCAUCGGUCGGUAUCACCACCGCCCUCUACGAUCGCCGGGCCCUUGACUGCACGUCAACCCUGCCCUUGAUCAACUCCCUCAAUCACCUCGCCUACCUUACCACUUCUUCAGCUCGCAUCCGCGAUAUCCUGACUGUCGAUGGCGGUAUCGAAAAGCUCGUCUCCAUUCUCAAGCAGGGUCGUAGCAAGGAUGUGAUGGAAAUGUGGAAAUGGAACCUGGCCUUCCAGUGUGUGGUCAACAUAGGAGUCAGGGGCACCGAGGCUGUUCGCACCCGGGUUGUCGAGGCCGACAUGGUUCCUGUGAUCGCUACUAUUCUCGAUAAUUACAUCAAGGUCACCGAUAAGUUGCGUGAGAAGGCUGAGGAGAAGCAUAGGUCUGAGCACCACCGCCACCGUCUCGGGGGCAGCCGGGUGCAUAAGUCGUCCAGCUUCUCCUCACGGGCAGCAACACUGGAUGUGGACCAGCGUACAUUCCGGCGGCAGGCACCGCCGCCGUCGAUUGACGUGUCUGCUACCCUGGUCGGCCCAUCCGUGACGGUUGUUCAUUCGAACGUCGAUGCGACUCCAACCGCUCCGCAGUUCCAGCUAGCCCCGACCCCCACCGCCGAUCGUGCCCCGCUGACCGCAACCACUCAUCGUCCGCACCAAUUCCUCAAUAUUCCUUCCCCUGCUCCUCAGACCGCCCCGCCGGUGGCUUCUACAGUGCCUUCCAUGGAUAUUGAUGGCCUCGCAUCUCGUGCCAACCGUGACUUGGAUCGUUUUGGUGGCAUCAUGCCCCCUCCAACUCGUCCUGCUGUCAUGGCCUCCCAGCCUACCUCUCCCACAACCCCCCUUCCUCCCCCGCAUCUCCCGUCACCUACCGUUAGGCCUACCUCGGUCACCACUCCUACAGCCAGGGCUCGUAGACGCCCAUCCAUCCGCCACCAGCACUCGACCGGAGGUGAGACAGACGAUAUGAAUGCCGAGAGCAUUACUUCAGAGGAGUCGCCUGCGGACACUGAAAUGUCAGGGACCGCCGAAAUGCAGACUCCACUUGGCGUCCAGGAGAUUACUGUGGAGGACGGCGACAGCAUGAUGACUAAUGGGGGAAUUGAAUUGACCACACCGACUGCUUCGGAGGCUCAGGAAGCCACUGCUUUCAACAUCACACACGAGGCUCCUGUGGAGGGCAGCAUACCCCCAACCAAUACCCAAACCAACAUCACCGCCAUGGGUCUAUCCCCAAACCGGCCAACCAUCAUGGUAAGCCCGCCGACUCCAGCGCCAGCCAAUGCCAGCGUUCCUCGCUACCUGCUCGACCGCCAACUUCCUAACCCGCAGAUGCUGGCGGGCAUGCCCAGGGAAGAGGAUGUGCUGAUGUCGCUGCAACUACUCGCAUAUGUUUCCAAGUACUGCAACCUCAGGAAGUAUUUCCAAAAGACACAUUUCGUCCCGAAGCUCAUGCUCGGCCGGGAGAUUGAGCUCCUCGACGGUAUUGACCCCGCGAGCAUUGAAGCCGACCUGGAAAAGCAAGACGCCAUGGCCGAAGAGGAGUACUGCAUGCCGAACGACGUUAACAUCUUCCCAAUCGUGGAGAGGUUUACCGUGCGCCAUCACAGUACCGAUAUGCAGUACUGGGCCGGCGUGGUGAUGCGCAAUCUCUGCCGCAAGGAUGACACGCGCGGUGGGAUCCGGCAAUGCGCCUACUACCAGUGUGGCAAGUGGGAAGAGUUCACCAGGCAGUUCGCGAAGUGCCGCCGCUGCCGACGAACCAAGUACUGCAGCAAGGAGUGCCAGAAGAGCGCAUGGGCGUUCCACCGGCAUUGGUGCAUUGCCGCGACGCAAUGA